AUGGAUGAGAGGAUUGUCCUGAAUGUUGGUGGCAUACGACACGAAACUUAUCAGGCAACUCUGAAGAAGAUUCCAGCUACUCGUCUUUCACGUUUAACGCCAGCCUUAGCCAAUUUUGACCCACUGCUCAACGAAUACUUUUUUGAUCGGCAUCCCGGUGUAUUUGCUCAGAUUCUAAAUUACUAUCGAACCGGUAAACUGCAUUAUCCGACUGAUGUUUGCGGACCACUGUUCGAAGAAGAAUUGGAAUACUGGGGCUUGGAUGCAAAUCAAGUUGAGCCGUGUUGCUGGAUGACAUAUACCCAACACAGCAAAUUAGCUGUCAAUCUCGUAAGUUGGUAG